AUGGGUUUUGCGCAGGAUGUUGUGAAGGAUGAGAAGGACCGAGAAGCGCUGAGCCACGCGGAUGCCAUCGCCUUCGUCCACGGCGGUCUGCGCUUGGCGGAGCUGCAGAGUUCGCAGCGAGCCGCCGAGGAGGUUGGUGCUCAGGUCUACUGUGUGGAUCGGUCAUAUCGGGAAACACAAAAUCGCGUGGCCAAGCGACUGCUCUUGCAUCCAAAGGAGAUGCUCGGCUUUGCGCGCUUCGCGGCCGCCAACCUGGGCGGGGCCACCGAGUUGGGUGGAGAGGAUGCCUUCCAAUGCCCGGCGCCGGUGGCGGAGAUCCUGGGAGAGGAGCGUGAGAGGCACAUGGCCUCUGAAGCCUUAAAACAUCACGUGACCGGGGCCACCGCUCUGUUGCUCUGCAGCCCUGCGAGGAGCUCCUCUCUGCAACAGCUCCUGGAGACCAAGAACCCAGAGGCAAUGAAAGAAACCUCAUCCACAUCCAGGGUCUGGCCGUUCUUGCUGGUCUUGGUCUAUGUGGCAACUUGGGCGAAACCCGAGAGACUCGAGACGCCCGAGAGACCCGAGAGACCCCGGCUUGUGAGUGAGGUGAUCCCUGGCUAUGGCACCGUGUACUUGUUUUGGCGGAUGGCCAAAGGAGUCUUGACCAAAAGAUGGGUGGUCAGCUGA